GAUCCGUAGGAAGAGGCGGGGAGCGGGCUGCGGCGGCUGUCUCUGUGGCGAGGCUGCGCGGCCGGCGCGAACCAGACGGGCCCUGCAGCGGCUCACUGAGGCCGGGGUCGUCUCUGCAGCCUCCGGGGAAAAGGGAGAGGACUCUGCAGGGCGUACUUGGCGGAGCAGGGAGGAGGGAAGGGGUUCUAGAGACACCCGGCGUCUCUUCUCGAAUUUCUCUCGGCCCUUGUCAGUCGAUUCGUAGCCCGGAGUGAGUGAGAGCUUCUUAGUGCAGUCCCUGAUUUUUGAUGGAUGCAUGGUCAUGGAGGCUAUGACUCUGAUUUUAGUGAUGAUGAACAUGGUGGAGAAUCUAACAAAAGGAAAAAAAGGACAGUUGAAGAUGAUUUAUUGCUCAAAAAGCCAUUUCAGAAAGAAAAACAUGGAAAAGUUGCCCAUAAACAAGUUGCAGCAGAAUUGCUGGAUAGGGAAGAAGCAAGAAAUAGAAGGUUUCACCUUAUAGCUAUGGAUGCUUAUCAAAGGCACACAAAAUUUGUAAAUGACUAUAUUUUAUACUAUGGUGGCAAAAAAGAAGACUUCCGGCGAUUGGGGGAAAAUGACAAGACAGACAUGGAUGUUAUACGAGAAAAUCAUAGAUUCUUAUGGAAUGAGGAGGAUGAAAUGGACAUGAAUUGGGAGAAGAAACUUGCAAAGAAAUACUAUGAUAAAUUAUUCAAGGAAUACUGCAUAGCAGAUCUCAGUAGAUACAAAGAAAAUAAGUUUGGAUUUAGGUGGCGAGUAGAAAAAGAAGUAAUUUCAGGAAAAGGACAGUUUUCCUGUGGAAAUAAAUGUUGUGAUAAAAAAGAUGACUUGAAGAGUUGGGAAGUUAAUUUUGGUUAUAUUGAGCAUGGUGAAAAGAGAAAUGCACUUGUUAAAUUAAGAUUAUGCCAAGAAUGUUCCUUUAAAUUAAAUUUUCAUCACAGGCGAAAAGAAGUCAAGUCAAAAAAAAGAAAGGAUAAAACCAAAAAAGAUUGUGAAGAGUCAUCACGUAAAAAAUCCAGAUUAUCUUCUGCAGAAGAGAACUCUAAGAAAAAGGAAAAAGGGCGUUCAUCCUCAAAGAAAUCAGAAAAUUCUGUAAACAGAAAUUCUGAUGAAGAAGAAGGUACUUCAGAAUCUGAACUUUGGAAGGGCCCCCUACCAGAAACAGAUGAAAAAUCACAAGAAGAAGAAUUUGAUGACUAUUUCCAAGAUUUAUUUCUGUGAGAUGGAAGAGAGAAGCCCACAUUCCUUACUGUGAAAGUACACUUUGAAACUCUUCACAAAAAUUUUAUCUACAAGUUGCAGCUUGAGUGGUUUAUCUUCAGAAAUAAAAAUCCAACUACUCUCAAGAUGUCAGCUGCUUUGGAAGUUUUUCAGUUCUACUGGAGACAUGUUUCCUCAUCCCUUAUAUAUCUUUUCAGAUGCUUAUUUACAGCCGCUCCAUCUGUAGCUGCUAGAGGAUAAAGCUAGUACACUGUAUGGAGAGUUCAUUGUUCCUGUAUUUUAUAGGGGUUUUUGUUGUUGUUUUUAUUCAUUCACAUUUAUCUUCCCUUGCCUGAAUUAAUUUAAAUUAUUAGAAUUACUGGUGUCUCACAAAAAUUAUAAAAUAGAGUAAAUAUGUCUUCACCUUCUUUCCUUUGAUACACAGGUACCCCUCCUUUUAAGCACCUACUUUCCCAUUACCACCUGUUUCUAGCUGCCUUUUUUUUUUCUUACUUUUCUCUUGCUUCCUUCUCACCUAUACUACUUAUGGGAGCUUGUUAUUAUCAGAUUUGACUUCCGAGUGUGUGAGUAGUUUAUUAUAAAGUAAAUUAAUACUAUGAGGCAGCCGGAACAGCAAAUGAGGUCACAGAAGUCUACAACAGUAGAUUAGGUUCACAAAAGUUGACUCUCCAACAGAGAGAUUCUAUAAUAAGAUAAUUUAACUAAUAAUAGUAUAUGCUGGAGCUUAUCUCAGAUGUAGUCACACAGAUAUGGAUAUACUUAUACGCCAGGAUAUAGUAUAAAAUGGAACUUCUUAAUUUGCUGAUCAUCCCCCUUAGAGUCGAUGAAUGUGCUUUAGGAAAUCUAAGCACUCCUAGAAUCUGAGUGUAAACUUCUGUGAUUAUGUGUAUUUAUGGGGGGGAAAGGUCCAUAAUUUUCAUCAAAUUUUCAAAUGUAUUGAUUUUUUAAAAAAAGGUUUUAACCCAUUUUUGUAAAGUGCAAAGAGAUGGAUAGGAAGAUGCAUGAUUUAGUGAAGAGAGGACCUGUAGAAAGCAAUCACAGCAUUUCAAUUAUUUUGUUAAUUAAGUAUUUUAAAUGACAUUUAAACAUGGAAUGAUUGGCAUUAAAUUGCAGAAUAAGUAGUUUAGUGUCUUAUUUUUAAGUGGUUAGUAUCUGAUUUUCCUUUUAUUCAAUAGUUGUUAUUCAUUAAUUCAAAUAUUUAUCAGGCUUCUGUUAUAUGUGAGGCAUUAUGCUAGAUGUUGCUACAAAGGAACUAUCUAGGAAGUAAUUACACAGUCAUUUCUAAGCCAUCAAAAACAGUAAAUCAGUAUUGGUUUGUUAAUGUUGAACAUUGUUUUUAAAUCCCCUUAUUAAAGAAAUUGUAUUUUUUUUUAAUCUCACUACUUACAGUGAAUAAAAAGGAAUCUUGGUUUCUAAGGAGAAAGUGUUGAAAUGUCCGAAAGCAAACUGAUAUUAGUAUAUAUGUAGCUAAAACAUGUUUAUGAUUAAAAAAAAUUCAUAGUUUAGUGAUCAUCAGAAAAUAAAAUUCCUUAGAUGAUAAGUAGGAAAACUAGACUCUCAAAAUAAAUUCAUGUAUUUGGUGUUAUAAGUAUGGUUUAUAGACAUUAGGUUCAUUAGUAAAUUUUAGAUCAUUAUAUAAUAAUCACAACACUUAAUCCAUUCAUACAUAAUCAAAGUCAUAUAUUUUGUUUUGUAUUAUUCUUGAAAUUAUAUUUUUAAGGAGCGUUUGAAAAGGCCACAAGAUGAUGAGUUUAAAGAUUAAUUCUCCGACAGACCUCUCUCAUAUUUGGCUAUAGUGCAGUCAGUAGUGUUCAGUGGACCACUGUUUGGGAUAUGAAGUUAAUACCUUCUUCUACUUGCUCUUUAGCAAAGUUCCUAUUUUUGCAGACCUUCAAUGGCAGUACAUCUCUGCUCCUCAACUUGCUUUCUAGUGAAUGAGGAGGGGAUGUUGUUUGAGCUGAUAAUUUGGGGUCCAAAAUUACAUAAAACUAAAGAAAGAGUUCCUUUUUUUUUUUUAAGAUUUUAUUUAUGUAUUAGAACAUGAGCAGGGGGAGGGACAGAGGGAGAAACAGACUCCCCUCCAGGCAGGGCUAAGUUGGGGCUUUCUGAGAUGAUGACUUGAACUGAAGGCAGACACUUAACCGACUGAGCCAGCCAGGUGCCCCUAAAGGAAGAGUUUCUUAGGCAGUUUCUAAAAUAAUCCUAAAAGUAGAGUUUCAAAAUUAUUUUAAGUAAUGAAAGUAAGGUGUACAUGUUAUCACUUACUCAAGGUGUGAUGACUUAUUUUCUAUACAACACUCAUGCAAGUGUAUAUAAUAAAUGAGUUUUUUUCCCCCCUAAAGAUACUUUAUUAACUUACAGGCACUCUUCAUUUAUACCUGUGUUAUGACAUUUAUUCAAAAUAUCAUUCAUUUGUAUUCACAUAGCAAUCCUAUGAUUCUAAAUCUUAUAAUUUUUACUUGUAAACGUACAACAAAUGGUGAUUUUUUCCCCCCUUGGCCUUAACAUUGAAAAAUAUUUUCUGUAUAACAAAACAUUGGAGGUUUAUAGUCUAUCAAUUUGAUUUAUUAAAAUUUAGAUACCUUUUGGUAAGAAAAAUCUGUGGCAGAAUUUAUGGCAUAAUUUUUAUUUGGUCAAUGAUUUUAGAUAAGUAAAGGAAGAAAUCCUAAGUUUCUCUGAUGUCUAAACAUGCACCAUGUAGUAGUAGUAGUUGAUUGUCCUUAGUUUCUCUUGACAAAAGAGUAUUUAGAAUGCUUGGUAGAUGGUUUUAGUAAUCUUUUUUUUUUUUUUUUAAUAACCUCUGUUGUAGUGCCACUAAACUGCUUUUGAUAGUAAAAUUCUUGCAUAAUCAAAUCACAUGCUUCUUAAUAAUGCAUAACAUUUAUUAGCUGAUUUAAUUUACAUUAGGAUUACCCCGGGAAUAUCUUAUAAGCUGAUUAUUCUUUCAAUGAGAAGAAUAGAGUAUU